AAACACUUGAGCUCUCAUGUGUCUAUUGAGCAGCAGACUCAACUGGUACCUGUGGAGUAUAUUUUGUAGCUUCUAGGAUGGCCGCUAUCAGCAUAUAUGAUUCUGGCAAUAUCUGGUGUUUCUGGUGCUGAUGUAAAACUGCGAGUGUUUGGUCCUCACACUAAUGAGUCAUCUGUAACUAUCUGUCCUAAUGAUGACUACCUGCUUGUGGUGGAGUGUAUCGUAAAGGAGAGUUCUUUAAUCUCCUGGACUGUGACGCCAUUAAUACGUGAUGCUGUCUUGUUUACCUCCUUGAACGUUGUUGGUAAAACAGUUAAUAGAGGCGGAGUGAAUUUCACUCUCACUAAAGAGAAUACAGAGAUGGAAAAUGAUGACCCUGUUACAUACAUUUCACAAGUGCAGUUGCAUACUGAUUUGAUCAGACAAACUGUUGGUGAUCAUGGGGAAAUUGAAGUAACCUGUGCAACUUCAUCCAAGACUGCAUCAGUAUAUUUGGAUAUGCAAGUUGGUGGUGCUGUUGAAAUACAAGAUGCAGAAGUCUCAGCCAGCAUGCUUUCUUUUACAUGGUCUACAAAUAUAUCCGAUAUUCAGAACUUUGCUAUAUUAGUCAUAAGCAGAGAGAGUGGAGUUGUGAUGAAUGCGUUUGUCAAAGGAAAUAAGAGGAAAUAUUCAUUUCCUGUGGAGAUUGCAAACUAUGGAAUUGCUCUGACUGCAUUUGAUCGCUGUGGUCAACAUUUUACCUCAGAGAAAGUACUCAUUAUUAAUGACGAAGGGACGGUGGAGAAAUUAAAAGCAGAUGAAAGUGUAUUAGAUGGAUUUUGUGCACAUUCAUGUCCCACUUUAGACACUACAACUGCUUCUGCUGAAAAUCAACAAAACAGAGCUGAUGCAGGUGGGACUGGUUUACGCACUGUGCUUCCUUUGGCAUUAAUCGCAAUACUCGUGGCGGGGUUCUGCUAUUGACUCCAGGAGCAAGGUAUAUUGCUACCUAAAGAGCACCAAAAACUUCACAUCACUAACUGUAUAAUAGUAUUAUAGUUUUAUUUGUUUUAUUCUUAGAGUACAAUUUUUGUGGUGAUGAAGUGCUUCA